ACCUGCGCGGGAGUCGGGGCUUCCGGCCAAAGUCAAAGAGACCAGGCUGCUCCACGGGCCAAGGGGCAGAGCUGCCUCCGCCUCCCGCUGGGCAGGACGCCUUGCAGGGUGGCACCUCCGCCACAAAUCUGGGCGCCGGCGGCGCGAACCAGCCCUCGGACAGGCGCCAUGUGGCUCACCCUGGUGCUGCUGGCCGCGCUGCUGCUGCUGCUGGCCGUCCUCCGCCAAGUUUACUCAGGCAGCUCCCCGAACCCUUUCUCCGAGGACGUCACACGGCCCCCGGCGCCCCUGGUGACCGACAAGGAGGCCCGGAAGAAGGUUCUGAAACAAGCUUUCUCAGCCAGCCGGGUGCCCGAGAAGCUGGACGUGGUGGUGAUUGGCAGUGGCAUUGGGGGCCUGGCUGCAGCCGCGAUUCUGGCCAAAGCUGGCAAGCGAGUUCUGGUGCUGGAACAGCAUACCAAGGCGGGAGGCUGUUGUCACACCUUUGGAAAGGAUGGCCUCGAGUUUGACACAGGAAUCCAUUAUAUUGGGAGGAUGCAGGAAGGCAGCUUGAACCGUUUUAUCUUGGACCAGAUCACUGAGGGGCAGCUGGACUGGGCUGCCUUGUCCUCUCCCUUUGACGUCAUGGUACUCGAAGGGCCCAGUGGUCGAAAGGAGUUCCCCAUGUACAGCGGGGAGAAAGCCUACAUUCAGGGUCUCAAGGAGAAGUUUCCCCAGGAAGAAGCUGCCAUUGACAAGUAUAUAAAGCUGGUUAAGCUGGCAUCCAGGGGAGCCUUUCAUGCCAUCUUGUUGAAGACCCUCCCGCUGCCUGUGGCUCAGUUCCUCGGCAGGUGUGGGCUGCUCACCUGGUUCUCUCCCUUCCUUCGCGGGUCCGUGCAGAGCCUGGCCGAGGCCCUGCAGCAGCUGCCGGCCUCCCGGGAGCUCCAGGCGGUGCUCAGCUACAUCUUCCCCACGUAUGGCGUGACCCCGAGCCGCACCUCCUUUUCCAUGCAUGCUCUGCUGGUUGACCACUACAUAAAAGGAGCCUUUUAUCCUCGAGGGGGUUCUAGUGAAAUCGCCUUUCACAUCAUCCCUGUGAUUCAGCGGGCUGGGGGCGCUGUCCUGACGAAGGCUUCUGUGCAGAGUGUGUUGCUGGACUCAGCUGGGAAAGCCUGUGGUGUCAGUGUGAAGAAGGGUCAAGAGCUGGUGAAUAUCCACUGCCCCAUCGUGAUCUCUGACGCAGGACUGUUCAAUACCUACAAGUACCUACUGCCAGAGACCGCCCGCUGUCUGCCAGGUGUGAAGCAGCAGCUAGAGAUGGUGCGGCCCGGCUUGGGCAUGUUCUCUGUCUUCAUGUGUCUGCGAGGCACCAAGAAGGACCUGGGGCUGCCGGCUACCAACUACUAUGUUUAUUUUGACACAGACAUGGACAAGGCGAUGGAGCACUACCUGUCUAUGCCGAGGGAAAAGGCUGCCGCACACAUGCCCUUUCUCUUAAUUGCUCCCUCAUCAGCUAAGGACCCGACUUGGGAGGACCGAUUCCCAGACCGGUCCGCAAUGGUCAUGCUGGUGCCCACCUGCUAUGAGUGGUUUGAGGAGUGGCGGGACGAACCCAACGGAAAGCGGAGCAGCGACUACGAGACCCUCAAGUCCUCCUUUGUUGAAGCCUCUCUGUCGGUUGUCCUGAAGCUGUUCCCACAGCUCGAGGGAAAGGUCGACAGUGUGACCGGAGGAUCCCCGCUGACCAAUCAGUUCUAUCUGGCUGCUUACCAGGGAGCCUGCUAUGGGGCUGACCACGACCUGGGCCGCUUGCAUCCUCAUGCGAUAGCCUCCAUCAGGGCCCAAAGCCCCAUCCCCAACCUCUACCUGACAGGCCAAGACAUCUUCGUCUGCGGGUUGAUGGGGGCCAUACACGGGGCCCUUCUGUGCAGCAGUGCCAUCCUGAAGCGGAACGUGUACCUAGACCUGAAGAAGCUUGGUUCAAGGAUCCAGGCACAGAAAAAGAAGAAUUAGUUUGGUCAGGGAUGCGCUAGAUGAAUUUGGCUGGUGCUGUGGCACAGCCUGACUCAGGCAUGUCUUUCAGCAUUAGUUUCUGCUCGCACGAAGCACUCUCAUUCGUUUUUGAUUUCUGAAUGGAGAUCCGACCCGCAGGUCUCCCACAGAUCACAGUUCUUAACUGAAGCUCUUCCAGCUGGGGCAGGGGGUGAUCUUCCACCUUUCACAACACACUAACUACUAAGGCCCGGUGUGGGCUGCUGAUUUGGAUAGCUGGAUAGCCUUAAUGUCUCCCCAGCAGUGCUCUGCACCCCACCCCCAUACCUCCUAACAGUCAAACCAAAUAUUAAUUUUUGUUGUUAAUCCUCACCCAAAGAUUUUUUUUUUUCUAUUGACUUUUAGAGAGAGUGAAAGGGAGGGAGAGAGAG